AUGGGAGGCGGAGGAACGCAGCCCCUCCCCCCUCUCUCUCCCCCACCUGUGUGCAGUACAUCUGUUCCCAGCGCCACCAACACCACCAGUACAUCUGUUCCCAGUGCCACCAACACCACCAGUACAUCUGUUCCCAGUGCCACCAACACCACCGCAGUGACGACAAACCCGACAACCGCCUCUCUGGAUGUCACGACCCCGCACAACAGCUCUUCAGCAAACAACACAACCGCUACAACCGCUUCGCCCGGUAACGGCACCAACACCAAUUCCUCCGCGACAUCCCCCCCUUCCACAGAGAGCAACGGAACGGCCACAAACCAGUCGACCACAACUCCGAGCACGUCCACGAGUACGACCCAGAGCACAGCGGCGUCUGCGGCCGGCAGCAGUGCGGGGGUUCCUGGGUGGGGCAUAGCUCUGCUGGUCCUGGCGGCUGUGGUUCUGCUGCUGCUGCUCCUGCUGCUGAUCGGACUGCUGGUGUGGUGCUGCUGCUACAGGGGGCGCUCCCAAGGCUUCAGUCCCUACGACCACCUGAACAGCAGAGACGACAUCCCUCUCUACACCACUCACGGGCGCUUUGAAGCCACCAAUGGGAGACAAUACGAGCAGACCGAGCGGCCGAGCUAAACGCCCACUCAUCGAGGAUCAGACCAACGCAACACGUUUACUUUGUAUCUCUCAGUCUUUUUUACAAACAUCUGUCAUAAUUACUGUUUUAAUGUCAUGAACAUUAAUUUAU